GUACGGUGGAAUGAUGCUGGUUUUGCUAGCAGCUAGCCUGUGUCUGCUGGCGGACGGAGCCAUGUAUGACUGGACGUACAACAAGCCGGGCCCUGAGGCCACGGACGCCCGGCUGGACGGACACCUCGUCCGGCGGUUUGACUACGCGCACAGCGUCCUGGCGUGCGCACGGGCCUGUCUACAGCUGCAGACGUGCAGUUCCUACAACUACAACAAGGCGGAGACCACAUGUGAGCUGAACGCCGUUGACGCAAACAGUUCGGUCCCGCUUGUGAGCGCCGCUGGAUAUCAGUACUUCGGUCGGACAGAUAUUAUCCCGUCAGAGGAGGGGAUGCCGGCCUGCGCCAGCCGUCCGUGUCUCCAUGACGGUAUGUGCCAGGAGCGUCCCGGCUCCGACCCGCCGUACUACUGCUUCUGUGCCGCUACUGACUACCAUGGACAACAGUGCCAGGACCAGGUCCUUGACGGUGGCUGGGGUGAGUGGGGUUCCUGGGGGUCGUGCUCGGAGUCGUGUGGGGUGGGGUUACGGGUGCGGCAGCGGGACUGUGACGCCCCCACCCCCACCCCCGGGCGGGGCAGGGCCUGUGCCGGCCUGGCGGAGCAGACGGGCCAGUGUAACAAGACCCGCUGUCCGGGUGAGUUGGUAACGGUAGAUCUUUAA